UAUAAGCUGAUCUUUUACUCCCAAUCACUGUGAGGAAAACACCACCUACCACCUUCACUUUUAAGAGACUUUCGCUAUUACAACAAAAGAUGUUGCAAAAUAUGCUUGUGCUUGCGUUAAGUCUCCAUCUCGUCACCAUAUCGUUGGCCCGUGGCCCAAAUGCCCAUGAAAGAAAGCCGUACAUCGUGUACAUGGGAGAACUCCGACCUGGAGCAGAAACUUCUGCCAUGGACGAUCACCACAACCUGCUUUCCACGGCGAUUGGAGAUGAGAAAGUAGCUAGAGAAUCCAGAAUAUAUAGCUAUGGAAAGAGCUUCAAUGGGUUCGCAGCCAGGUUAUUGCCCCACGAAGUAAAGAGAUUAUCAGAUGAAGAAAGAGUUGUAUCGGUGUUUCCAAACACGUUGCGCCAACUUCAUACAACGAGAUCAUGGGAUUUCUUGGGAAUGCCCACAGCAUUGAAAAAAAGAAACUCCAUAAUAGAAAGCAAUAUCAUUGUUGGCAUCUUGGAUACAGGAAUUUGGGUUCAAUCUCCAAGUUUUAACGAUAAAGGCUACGGGCCAAUCCCAGCUAAAUGGAAGGGCAAAUGUGUCAAAGGUGCCAACUUCACUAGCUGCAACAGAAAGGUGAUAGGUGCAAAAUACUUCAACCUGGACGCCAGCGACCCUGAUAUGGGGAAUCCUAGUCCGGUGGAUAACGAUGGCCAUGGUACUCACACUUCCUCCACUGCAGCCGGCGUACAUGUCAGGGGCGCCAGUCUGUAUGGCAUAGCCGAAGGCACGGCACGUGGUGGCGUACCAUCAGCGCGUAUAGCUAUGUACAAAGUAUGCUGGUCCAUCGGUUGCAGCGACAUGGAUCUCUUGGCAGGGUUUGACGAAGCCAUUGCUGAUGGGGUCGACUUGAUAUCGGUCUCUAUAGCAGGUCCGUCCAGGGAAUUCUUUGAGGACCCGAUUGCCAUUGGAGCUUUUCAUGCUAUGAAGAAAGGGAUUCUGACUUCGUGCUCGGCCGGGAACGAUGGGCCUUACAGUUAUACGGUGCAGAAUGUUGCUCCCUGGAUCAUGACCGUGGCUGCCAGCGGCAUUGAUAGGCAAUUCAAGACGGAGGUUAAUCUGGGUAGUGGCGAGAAAUUUUCUGGAAUUGCUAUAAAUACGUUUACCCCAAAGAAAAAGACGUACCCUUUAACAAGUGGAGCCCAUUCAGUUAAUAUCAGUGGAGAUUUCUAUGGGAAUGCCAGUGCCUGUGACUAUGGGACUCUAGACAAGAAUAAGGUGAAGGGAAAGAUCGUGUUCUGCCAGGGAAGCAUCGGCCCUGAUUACACCAUCAAAGAGUUAGGUGGUGCCGGAACGAUCAUGGUGCUUGAUGAAGAGACGGAUAUAGCCUUUACCACUCUAGUCCCAGGGACAUUUGUCCUCCCCAAGGAUGGCAAAAAGAUUGAUCAGUACAUUAAUUCCGCCAAGAACCCUCAGGCUGUAAUACAAAAGACAAGAACUCUUAACAUCAGUGCUCCUUUUGUGGCUUCUUUCUCCUCCAGAGGCCCCCAGUCAAUCAACCUCAACAUCCUUAAGCCUGACAUCGCUGCACCAGGACUAGACAUAUUAGCUGCUUAUUCAACACUGGCAUCAGUAACAGGGGACCCAACUGAUAAGCGGCAUGCUGUGUUCAACAUAAUAUCAGGAACAUCUAUGGCUUGCCCUCACGCAGCAGCAGCUGCAGCCUAUGUCAAGUCCUUCCACCCUGACUGGUCUCCUGCUGCAAUCAAGUCUGCUCUCAUGACUACUGCCACCCCUAUGAGAAUUGAAGACGACAAUGCCGAAUUGGGAUCCGGAUCAGGACAGAUAAAUCCAGUCCAGGCAGUGCACCCUGGUCUCAUCUAUAACAUUUCCGUCAGCUCCUAUGCCAGUUUCCUGUGCAAGGAAGGCUACAACGGCACAUCCCUCGCUCUAAUUUUUGGAGGCAAAAGGAAACAUAACUGCUCAGACUUUAAACCUGCACAAGGCACUGACGGCCUUAAUUACCCUACAAUGCAUGCACAGCUACUGGGUGCGAGUUCAGACAUUUUUGCCACCUUCCACCGGACUGUGACCAACAUGGGUAAUGGUAACUCGGUGUACAAGGCAAAGGUGACAUCACCAAGAGGUCUUUCUAUUAGAGUUUCCCCAGCAACUUUGAAGUUUAGCAGAUUACACGAACAGAUGAACUUCAAGGUCGUCGUGAAGGGCCGUUUUAAGCGGAAGGGGACUGAGCAGAUACUGUCGGCGUUACUCGAGUGGAAUGACUCCAAGCACAGUGUGAUGAACCACAUCCUUAUUUAUAGGCCAUUAGCUUAAGUCUGUUUAGUUGUAGUCAUGCGUGUAGCUAGUUAUUAGCCGCUUCACUUUCUGUCACCAAGUUGCAAAUUAGUUUUCCAAUUCGUUCAUUUAAUUUCUUCUGUAACUCAUGAUUUAAUUGGUAAAAAGAUGCCUCUGCGAAUGAGAGAUAUUUCCCUUCA